AUGGCCACCACGACACGCCAGCUCGCUCGUACGGCGACCCGCCUCACAACCCGCAGGACCUUCGCCACCUCUGCUCCCCGGACAGCCUUCCGCCAGCGCUACUCCGGGCAACAAGGCCACCGCUUCUACUCCUCCUCCUCCUCCUCCUCCUCCGAACCACCCAAACCCUCCUCGUCCUCCUCUCCGCUUGUCUACAUCACCCUCGCCGCCGCCGCCGCAGCCGGUGGAGCCUUUUAUUAUUACUCCUCCUCCUCCAGCACCCAGCCCGCCGCGCCCAAGGUCCUGACCAACCCCACCAAGGAGGACUACCAGAAGGUCUAUAAUGAGAUCGCCCGGAGGCUGGACGAGAACGAAGAUUACGACGACGGCUCGUACGGUCCUGUCCUGCUGCGGCUGGCGUGGCAUGCCUCGGGCACGUACGAUGCGCUGACGGGCACCGGCGGUAGCAAUGGCGCCACCAUGAGAUUUGCGCCUGAGGCGGAUCAUGGAGCCAAUGCUGGUCUCAAGCACGCGAGGGACUUUUUGGAGCCUGUCAAGGAGAAGUUCCCCUGGAUCACCUACUCAGACCUCUGGAUCCUCGGCGGUGUCUGCGCCAUCCAGGAGAUGCUCGGUCCCAAGAUCCCCUACCGACCCGGCCGGUCCGACCGCGACGUCGCCGCCUGCACUCCCGACGGCCGUCUCCCGGACGCCGCCCAGGGCCAAGACCACCUGCGGGCCAUCUUCUACCGCAUGGGCUUCAACGACCAGGAGAUUGUGGCCCUGGCGGGCGCGCACGCCCUGGGCCGCUGCCACACGGACCGGUCCGGCUUCGACGGGCCCUGGACCUUCUCGCCCACCGUCAUGACCAACGACUACUACCAGUUCCUGACGGACCGCAAGUGGCACUGGAAGAAGUGGGAUGGCCCCAAGCAGUACGUGAACGAGGACGAGUCCAUCAUGAUGCUGCCGGCCGACAUGGCCCUGGUGGCGGACAAGAAGUUCAAGAGCUGGGUCGUCAAGUAUGCCAAGGAUAACGACUUGUUCUUUAACGACUUCCGGAACGUGAUUGUGAAGCUGUUUGAGCUGGGCGUGCCGUUUGCCGAGGGUAAGGAGAAGUGGGAGCUGAAGACGCUUGGGGAGCAGGAGUAA